UCGAGGCCGGGGCUCCGUCACAAGACCCGCAGCAGACGGAAAGAUGGCAAGUCAGAGCCAGGGUGUGCAGCAGCUCCUCGCCGCCGAGAAGAAGGCCGCAGAAAGGGUCGCCGAGGCCAGAAAGCGCAAAGCACGUCGGUUAAAGCAGGCUAAAGAUGAAGCCCAGGCUGAGAUUGAAAAAUUCAGACAGGAGCGAGAACGUCAAUUCAAAGAAUAUGAAGCUAAGCAUCUAGGAUCACAGGAUGAUAUUGCCCUAAAGAUCAAGAAUGACACUCAUGUGAAGAUUGAUGCCAUGAACAAGCAGGUUGCCCAUAAUAAGGAUGCCGUUAUUAAGCGCAUCUUGCAGCUCGUCAACGACAUCAAGCCAGAAAUGCACAUCAAUGCUAAGAAGGAAGAGUGAAGAGAAAUUGAUCUCUGCUUCUCCGACUUAGACUCCAUGAUAAGUGUCUAGGAAGACAGAUGUCUAGUAGAAUAUGUGUGUAUGUACAAUUUGAAGUGAAUGUAUCUUGUUUGCAUCAUUCAAGUACUUUUGUUGUGGUUCAGUGGGAGAAUCAGGUUUUAAAGAGUAAUUUUGAGUAUUGUACCAUGUCUUUUUUUUUUCUUCUUUUUCUUUGUACAUAGAUAGCUUUUUCAAGUCUGCUCUCUUUGGUGACAUUUCUAUUACAAAAUUGUGUUGAUAGAGAGUUGGGCAAAUUUUUUUCCAUUCAUUACCAUGUCCAAUGAAAGAUAGCACUUUAUUUGAGGUUAUCCAUUCUUAGUAAAUCAUUUUAAAUUUCGUAACAUAAAUGUUAUAACGUAAUUGUUGGACUAAGUAUUAACAAAGCACAAGUUGGUUGUUGUCUCAAAGUUUUAUUUGAUCAAGAUUAAUAAUUGUACUUAGUAAGUGCAUCACAUUCCAUGAUGUUUUGAAUACUCUUCUGGUGUUGUGCAACUUGUUUAUAGUGUAUAAUAAAAUAUGAGAUAUUUA